AUGGUAGAUUCAGCAAGCGCACUGUCGAAGCACAACGAGCUUGCUCGCGUAUACGAGGUGCUGGAACUAUAUUCCGAAAUGGUAGGAGAGGUGAAGGCUGUAGUACAGUUGCGUGAAGCGGCACAGGAGCAAUUGUCAACUGAUGAAAGAAAUCGGCUCUCUGUUGCGUACAAACACACUACUAGCCGGCUGCGCACCGCCUGGCGUGCAGCGGCGGAGAUUUUACCCAGCGCAAGAAACUUUACAAUAGUAGGCCUAGUACGUCAAGUUCGGACCCAGCUGAAGGAUGAAAUCUUAGAUCGGUGUCAAGAAGUCAUUCAGCUUCUAGAGAAUCAAACCGUCACCCGAGAUGAGGACGGAGUCUUUCUUUUGAAGAUGCGUGGAGAUUAUCACCGAUAUCAAGCAGAAGUGGAUGGAGAGAAGACAGAACAUCAACUGCAGGCUGCCAAGGCCUACGCAGAAGCUUCGACACUGGCAAAAGAGGUUCUUACACCAGUGAAUUCGGUGCGUCUUGGUCUCUCGCUCAAUCACUCCGUCUUCCUGUUUGAAAUCGUUGGUGAUCGUACAGCUGCAUGCCUGCUGGCAAGAGAGACACUUGACCAAGCGCUUAGAACAAUUGGUGAUGCGGAUGCCGAGUGCCAAUCAGAGAUCACCCUUAUUCUUCAACUUUUGCGCGACAACCUCACCAUUUGGAGGACUGAAGAUUCCACUGACGAAUAG